AUGGCGGAUAGGGACACAAGGGAGGAUGCAAAAGGGGGUAAGGUGGUGGAAGGAGGAGGGAAGGGAGGAGAGCGCAGAGGAAGUGGAGGGGUAUUGGACUUGUGGAAAAGAAAAAGGGAGUUGAUGGAGGAGAUGGAGGUCACCACAGGGGGAGUGGAAGAAAGGGAAAGGCCGGGAAAAGGAGACGGUGAAGAAAAUGCUAAAGGGAUGGAUGGAGGAUUUCAGAGAAAUAGCAGAUGGGAAAAAAUGGAGGAUAGUAUAGAGAACAUAAUGGGGGAGCUGGAGGAAAUAAAAAGAAGAGAGGAGGAAUGGAGAAGAGAAAGGAAAGGGUUAGAGAAAAUGGGAGGAAGGGACAGGAAGGAAAGGAGGGGAAAAGGAAAUGGAGGAGCUGAAAAGGAGAAGACUUUGAGAAAAUAUCCACCUGCUCCAAUACUUAAUCGCAUUUGUACUAAAGAAAUAGUUUUACCGACAACGAACAUUCAUUUGCCAAAGGGAACAUUAAUAACUAUACCGGUAUUUGGACUGCAUCGAGAUCCAUCAAUAUAUCCAGAUCCAGAUAAAUUUGAUCCUGAACGAUUUAAUACAGACAAAGUAACAGAAAGGCAUCCUUAUGCUUAUUUGCCAUUCGGGGAAGGCCCACGAAACUGCAUUGGUAUGCAAUUUGGCUACUUACAAACAAAAAUUGGACUUGUGAGUCUUCUGUCAAAAUAUAAUUUCAAACUCCACCCUCGGACUCAGGUCCCGCCUAUUUUCGACGAAAGAUCUCUUCUUAUUCUUUCGCUGAAGGGCGGUGUACACUUUAUUAUCGAGCCACGAUAAAAUAAUCGCGCUUUUAUACAAACUAAAAAUAUUUGUACUUGAUGGAUUCUAAAUAUAUUACGUAUGUUAUUAUGUAUAAUUAUUAAUAUUUUUUUAUGAAAUAAGAAUAUCAUAUUAGAUGUCAUGUACAAUAAUCAAAAUUGUUAUAAAGCCAAAUCCGUUUUAUAUGUUAAAUUUGUUAUAAUUAUAUUUUGCUAUUAUCA